GAUAGGUGGCUUCAAAUACAGUGUAGGGGCAUCAUCAGCUCUCUUUUCCAAUUUCUUGUGUUUAAGGAUUAAGAAAUCAAGAAGGACAAGGGAAACGGUGUGGAAGAAUACAAGAAGAAUCGUUGUAUUACAUGUUGUCAUGGGUUGUACGUUAAGUGCAGAGGAGCGUGCUGCUCUUGACCGAAGUAAAGCAAUUGAGAAAAACUUGAAGGAGGACGGACUCACUGCAGCUAAGGAGGUCAAAUUACUACUGCUUGGUGGUGGUGAAUCCGGCAAAAGCACCAUUGUCAAACAGAUGAAGAUCAUCCAUGAAGAUGGAUUCAGUGGUGAUGAUGUAAAACAGUUUAAGCCAGUUGUUUAUAGCAACACCAUUCAAAGUCUGGCAACUAUCCUACGUGCCAUGGAAACACUCAAUAUUGAGUACUCUGACAAGGACCGUACUAGUGAUUGCAAGCUGGUCUUCGAUGUGGUGAGUCGUAUGGAGGACACUGAACCAUUUUCAACUGAGUUGUUGGGAGCUAUGACACGCCUAUGGAGUGAUGCUGGAACUCAGACAUGCUUCAGCCGUUCAAACGAGUUUCAGCUUAAUGACUCAGCACAGUAUUAUCUGGACAGCUUACAGCGGAUUAGCUCCUCUGACUACCUGCCAACAGAACAGGACAUUCUACGUACUCGUGUGAAGACUACUGGUAUUGUGGAGACACACUUCACAUUCAAGAAUCUCAAUUUUCGGUUGUUUGAUGUGGGGGGACAGCGUUCAGAACGUAAGAAGUGGAUCCACUGCUUUGAGGAUGUAACUGCUAUUAUCUUCUGUGUAGCCCUUAGUGGGUAUGACCAAGUGCUUCAUGAAGAUGAGACAACGAACCGAAUGCACGAGUCACUCACGUUGUUUGACUCCAUCUGUAACAACAAGUUUUUUGUUGAUACCUCUAUAAUCCUCUUCCUUAACAAGAAGGAUCUAUUUGCUGAGAAGAUCCAGAAAUCACCGCUCACCAUCUGCUUUCCUGAGUACACAGGAUCAAACUCAUAUGAUGAUGCUUCAGCUUAUAUCCAGGGUCAAUUUGAGGGAAAGAGCCGAUCACCUAACAAAGAAAUCUACUGUCACCUGACCUGUGCCACUGAUACAGGUAAUGUCCAGGUGGUGUUCGAGGCGGUCACAGACAUCAUUAUCGCCAACAAUCUGAGAGGAUGUGGCUUAUACUGAGUCUGCCUUUUCAUCCAUUUGGUCUGAGCCAGAAACAGCUGACCACAUAGCUGGACUGGUGGAGGAUGAUGAGACAGAACUUAUCUCCUUUGGAGUCAGCUCCCAUGUCUGGGUGUGCCAUACUGUACACUCAAUUAUUAUCCUUAUUCAUUCAUUUGUUCUUUUUUAAUAUUCUGUAAAUAGUCUUUGUAGGAAAAACAUUGUGUAUGUGGGGGCUAUGGGUCUAUGUAGGCAUCCUUUGUUCUUUAUAAAUGACUUGCUCAGCUCCUCAUGUUCAGUUCUUUUGAUCCAAGGUAGUUUUUUUUAAUUAUUUAUUGAAUGCUCUCAGUAUGUUUACCUUCAGUCCAUACACUUUUAUGUUGGUGAUCCAUACCUUUGUUGCACAAUAAAAGAAUUCAAGACUAAUUGUAUAUUAAACUCUUGAUAUGAUCACACGCUACUGCUGAAAUUUGAAUUAAUGCAAUACAAUUGCAAUAUCAUCCUUGUUUAUCUCAUUUUUGUAGGAAUAUCUGAUUAACAGUUCAGUCCUGAUAUCAUAUAAUUACCCUGUAAAAUAAGCCAUAAGGCCAUCAGGGGAAAAACUUAGGAAAGUGUUGAUAGUGGGAAACCUUUUUGGUUUCAUUUUUGUUGUCAGUUGAAUAAUGCCGAUGUUUUGAGUUUGUAAAUUUGGUACAGCCAGACACUAACAAAGCUUUUUUAAAAAUCUAAUUAUUGUCCUUUUUACCAGUUUGUUAACAUAUACCUCAUAACUCAUUUAAUUGUAUUCUCCUGUAUUUCACAAUGCUUCUUCCACUGUCUAGUAUUUAUUAUUUUAUUUGUCCUUGUAGAUGCAUCAAUGUUUAAGUUUGCAUAAAAAUAAAGGCAAGAAAGGCAUGUGUGUGUGUGUGUGUGUGGGUGUGGUAUUGGUGCUGUUGUAUGUUCUGUUUAACUUCACUGUCUGUAAUUAUUUAUAAUAAACAGAACUCUCAAAGGAAUUGC